GGCACAAGGGCGGCCCAUCGGAUCGUGAUUUUAGCCAUGACUCAUCCCACCCCUCCUUCAACCGUAUAUAAUAGGUUCUCGCAGUUGUACUCUAGGCUCGCACCAGAACCGAGAAGAUGCCCCCUAUGCCGCGAUCUAAAUUGUGGGGUGCCCACUUCAUCACGCUCAUCGCUCCAAUUGUCUCCGCAAUAGAGGUCACAAUUCCUCUCACUGCACCCUCGGGGGCAGCAUCACUUAUGGGGAACCUCGUUUCCCUUUCAAUCGAGCAAGAUAGAUGGAUCGAUUGGGCAGGGACGACAGAACCUAAUGCAUUCUUUAACAACGUCCUUGAUAACUUCAUCCAAAUCACGAAUACUCCUCCCUUCGUGAGAAUAGGUGCUGACUCGGAGGACCACACUGAUUUCAGCUAUGACGUUGAGUACGAAGAAGAUAUUUUCCCUCCUUCGAGCGCAAUCACGCCAUACCCAGAAGCCACUAAUAUCACUGUUGGCCAAGGCUUCUAUAACAUCAUCUCUCAUCUUCCAAAUGGAACGCAAGUUCACUGGGGCGUGAACUUGAGGGAAUACAACCUCACGGCAGCCUAUCUCGAAACUCUUGCGCUCAUGAACGCAUUUUCUUCUCCUGCCGUCAUAGAGAAAAACAUCACUCUGAAGUUCAUCGAAGUCGGCAACGAAGCUGAUCUCUACUACAGCAAUCAGGGCCGUAACAGUAGCUGGGAUGUACAAGAAUAUGUGUCUCAGUGGGAGGAAUUUGCGUAUAACGUAUCGACAACAGCCAACCUCUCCGAGUCAUCAUACACAAAAUUAAUUGGAGCCGCUUUCGCAGGGUCUUCUAACAACAAUCUUAGCGGUUUCUCUCCGCAAGCUAUAUUUAAUCUGGGGAUCCUUGAAUCUCCUGCAGGUCAACUAAUCGAGACCAUUUCGCAGCACCAUUACAGUGGCUCAUUCUGUACUGGCGGCGGAUCUGUGAUGCAGGAUUUAAUGACCAAGAGCUAUAUCCGUGGCAAUAUAUCCAUGUUUGUCCCCGAUAUUGAAGCAACCUCGGCCGAGGGGCUGGACUACAUCCUCGGGGAGACGAACAGUAUGAGUUGCCACGGUGCACCUAGUAAGGUCGACAACAUGGACAUAAGUUGCAAUCACUUACAUAUGGCCGUCCUUCUUUUAUCAGAUGUUAGCAAUACAGCCGGCGCCGCCCUCUGGUUACUUGACUACACUUUGUAUGCUACACAAGUCGGUAUCAGUCGCCUACACUUCCACGACGGCAUUGGCUACAAGUACAAUUUGAUUCAACCCACGACGCUUAACUACUCCAUCCUCGACGGUUCCCCAAUUGCACCGCUAGCACCACAUGUACAACCAGCAUACUACGCAGCCAUCAUCGCCGCAGAGGCUAUCGGGUCAUCUGGGACCACGCAGGCAGUCGAAAUCUCCAUCGACGAGGAUAAUGUGUCAGGCUAUGCAUUUUACGAGAAUGGCAGCCUCUCAAAAGCCGUCUUCAUAAACUUGAUCGCUUACUUUUCCGGCGCUGGUGCAAGGAAUUCGACUCACAUCGAUUUCUCUUUUUCGGGUUCCGGAUAUACGGCUAAUAAUAUGAGCGUGAAGACGCUGAAUAUUGGAUAUGCGUCCGAUACCACCAAUCUGACCUGGGGAGGUCAGACGUACGAGACUAGCGACGGCAGAGUUAGUGGGCUCCUGACUGUUGACGCCUUACCUAUCAGCUCUGGGGUAGACUUGCAAGAGACGGAAGCAAUCCUCGUUACGUUUCUUUGACAGGAAUGGUUUAGCAUGCAACAGUAAUUCUAAUGCACAGUCACCAGGACAAUUCGUAGUUGCGUCUUGACGCAGGGCUUUCCAUUGGUUGGCGCGUCCAAAGUGAG